UAAUAAAGUUUAUUCAAACAAACACCGUGACGUCACGAUAAACAAUGGCAGCCACUGGCACAGCUGUAACGGUUCUCACUCCAAAUGGGAGAAGACAGACAGUUAAAGUGUCAGCUAACACACCUUUAUUACAGGUGCUGGAAGAUGUCUGCAAGAAACAUGGAUUUAACCCGGACGAUCACGGUUUAAAGUUUCAGAGAACUACUGUUGACCUCUCGCUGCCAUGGAGGUUCGCUAACCUGCCAAACAACGCUAAACUAGAAAUAGUGACGAGCACGAGGAAACAGGCCGCGGCUGAGAGCCAGGUGCGGAUUGCUCUUCAGAUGGAGGACGGCUCCCGGCUCCAGGACUCCUUCUCGUGUGGACAGACUCUGUGGGACCUACUCUCCCAUUUUCCCCAAAUCAGAGUGUCCGAGCUUUCGGAGUCAGGAUCCACCCCCACGUGUGUUUACAUGAGAGAUGAGGUGAGUGGGGAAGAAGCAUUGAAGAAGGCCUCUCUGAAGUCUCUGGGUCUCACAGGAGGAAACGCCAUCAUCAGGUUUUUAUUCAAAAAGAACAAACUGGAAGGAGAUGAAGAUGGCAUGGAUGCCACUAAAGCAACUGCAAUGCCAAUCAAACCCGCUGCAAAGAAAACCACACCAAGCCCUGAUGCUGCUCCGACACAUCCAGAGACAUCAACAGCUAAGGUGCCAACGAAGGCUUCAAUCCCAGACAGACCAAUGGAAACUCAACCUGUGCCAACUCCUGCCGCUGCAACAAGCACACUCCCUGUUCAACAGGAAGUUGUUAAAAACUCCCAGAAUGCAGUGCGGCCAAAGGUUCCUGCUGCUGACAGAGAAGUGUCACAGGAGGACGGCGAGAAAGCAGGGCCAUCAGGACUGGACUCUCACCCGUCUGCUUCCGCUUCUUCUUCUUCUUCCUCCGCCUUUAUCGCUCCCUCGGAUCCUUUCAUUCCCUUCUCUGGUGGCGGUCAGCGCCUCGGGGGUCCAGGAGGAGGGGCAGGGGGGCGCUCUUUAUCUUCAUCAUCAUCAUUUUCAUCUCUGGCUGCUGCUGUAGAGUCACCCAAAGCAAAGAAAGCCAAACCCAGCCAAGGCUCAGGUGCCAAGAGUUCGAGCAACUUAAGCCAUCCAGAUGAGGACAUGGAUCAGGGGGAGCAGUUCUUAGAGCCGGUGGAGCGGGAGCCUCUCAUCUACCACCCGGACUCCAUGUCCUGCCGCUCUGAGGACAACCAGGAUCUGCCGGACGAGUUCUUCGAGGUGACGGUGGAUGACAUACGCAAGCGCUUCGCCCAGCUGAAGAGUGAGAGGAAGACGCUGGAGGAGGCUCCACUGAUGACUAAAUCUCUGAGAGAGACGCAGAUGAAGGAGAAGAUGGAGAGAUAUCCCAAAGUGGUCCUGAGGGUCCAGUUUCCAGACAGACAUGUUCUACAAGGCUUCUUCAGGCCCCUGGAGACAGUUGGUGCUGUGAGGCAGUUUGUGAGGACUCACCUGGAGGAUCCUCAGCUCAGUUUCUACCUGUUCAUCACGCCACCAAAAACCAUCCUGAACGACUCCUCGGCUACACUGUUUCAGGCCGACUUGUUUCCUGGAGCUCUGGUGUACUUCGGCUCAGACGUCAGGACAGACUUCUACAUAAAGAGGGAGCUGCUGCAGUCCUCAGUCUCAACCGUACAAGCUAACCAGUCCAUUGCGAGCUGCAUGCUCCGGUCCCCUUCACCCGUCACCAGCUCUGCAGGCCGAGAAGAUCCGCCGCAUCCCUCAGAGCCGAGACCCGACACCUGCGGGUCCACACAGAACGAGCCGGACCCGUCUGCACAAACCCCGGCUGCUAAACCAGCAAGGUCCGACCCGGGCAAGGUGCCAAAGUGGCUCAAGCUUCCAGGUAAAAAAUAAAGCUGCUGCUGCUGCGGAGUGUUGAUGGAAGGACUUGACACGACAGACGUCUAACAAGCUGCUCUCAGACUGAGUGAAGCACUUAAACCUUUGCUGCGCUUUGAUAAAGGCUCAGAUUUGUAACUGCAGCAGACCCGAUCUGUCUGUGGAGCAGCCUGCACUUCAAUAGUUCUUAAGACGGUCACAGUAAUGAGAUAAACGAGUGAGUAGUGAAUUCUUCAUUGCCAAGAAGAUUGUUGUGUUUCAUUCCGGUAGGAGGAGAGAGUGCUGAAAAGGCUUGUAAAGCUCAUUGAGCAGCUUUAACUGUAGUGAGAAUUGAAUAAAGAACAUUGUACAAAAAAUG